AUGGCGAAGAAUAAUAAUAAUAAAGGGAAAGACUCGGCCAUUCCAGAUGGCGGCGUCGCAUUGAACGACUCCAACGCCGUAGGGGAAUCUCUCCCCAAUUUCGAGGAAAACGCAUUCGCCGGCCUGCGACAGAAAAUCGAACAGAAGUUGAAGGACCAAAACUCCAAAUCAAAGAAUAAGGGCAAGGCUGGCGCGAAGGAUGCUCCUAAGAAUAAUACCCCUAAGAAGGAUGCCCCGACUCCUAAGAAUGACAACAACAACAAGAAGGAAACAGCACCGAAGCCUGCGCCGAAGCAAGAACCGAAGAAUGACAACAAGGGCAGGAAACGGGAUCGCAACGGUGAUGUGAUUGCGCGGGAGGAGAAGGCCGCUGGGAAGGAUAAGGCGUCGAAAUCGAAUGACGAUGAUACCCUGCGCCAGGAGAUUUUGGCUCUCGGAGGUACUGAGGAGGAUCUCGAUUUGAUUGCGGGUGCUGAGUCUGAGGAUGAAGUGGAGGACGCGAAUACUUCGAAGAAAUCGGGCAAAUCUGACGAUGAUGCAUUGCGCAAAGAGUUGUCGGGUAUGCUGGCGGCUGCGGGUCAGGUCGUGCCAGAAGACUUGAAGGAUGAUGAGGUGGAAGAGGAACAGGAAGAGGACGAGGGCGACGAGGAAGAGGACGAGGAAGAGGACGGAGAUGGAGAUGAUGAAAGCGACGAGCAGGAACAAGCUGAGGAAGAGGAAUCUGAUGCGGAAGAGGAGGCCUCUCCUGAACCUCCGAAGGAGACAAAAAAGGAACCUGCGAAAUCAGAUGAAUUCGUUGUUCCCAAGGAGUUCGCUAGCCUUGCUAUUCCCCCGCGGUCCGACUGGUACGCGACAUCUCUCCCUCCGAUCAAAGCUGCGAAACUAGCGACUACACUUCCCCGUUAUGUGGUCGAGCGAUUACAAGCACAUGCCUUGUCGCUGCUAGAGAAGGAUACAAAGAUGUACAAUGCAGCGCAACAAGCUUCAGCAUCCUCAUCCCACAAGUUCUACUCGACCAUCAUGGCCUCCGGUACCCUCAGCGACAAGAUCUCCGCCCUCACACUGGCCGUCCAAGAAUCUCCGGUGCAUAACACCAAGGCAUUGGAAACUCUGAUCGGUCUUGGAAAGAAGCGGAGCCGUACGCAAGCAGUCGAAGUGCUUCGGUCUUUGAAGGAUAUGUUCGCCCAGGGUACACUUCUCCCGAAUGACCGACGACUCCGUUCAUUCGCGAACCAGCCGUCCCUCAUGGCUGCGUUCCAGGGAGUCGACCAGAAGUGGACUGAGCAGGACCCUCUUCCCAACGGUCUUCAAAACCGCCAUCUCAUCCUAUGGGCCUACGAAAACUUCCUCAAGGACCAGUUUUUCGAAGUUCUCAAGAUCAUGGAAGUCUGGUGCAACGACGAGAUCGAGUUCUCCCGCUCCCGAGCCCUGAGUUACGUCUACGAACUGCUCAAGGAGAAGCCCGAACAGGAAGCAAACCUUCUGCGACUGCUAGUCAACAAGCUCGGUGAUCCGAGUAAGAAGAUCGCAUCCCGUGCUUCGUACCUGCUCCUGCAACUCGAACAAGCACAUCCCCUUAUGAAGCCAACGGUCGUCACAUCUGUUGAAGAGGUGCUUUUCCGGUCGGGACAAAGCCAGCACGCCAAGUACUACGGUAUCAUCACAUUGAACCAGACAGUCUUGAGUUUGAAGGAGGAGAAGACCGCGGCCAAGUUGCUUGAUAUCUACUUCGCGCUGUUUGUUACUCUACUCAAGUCUCACAAGCCCGUUAAGGGUCAGCAAGGCAAGAACAAGUUCGGUAACAAGAAGUAUAUCAAAAAGGCGAAGGAAGAGGAAAAGGGUCUUGCUCAGCAGGAGGAGAUGCAGGACAAACUUGUUUCUGGUGUUCUGACUGGUGUCAAUCGAGCUUACCCUUUUACAAGCUCUGACACUGCUCGUCUUUCGAAACACAUCGACACUCUGUUCCGCAUUACGCACUCGUCGAAUUUCAACACGAGCAUCCAAGCUCUCAUGUUGAUCCAGCAAUUAACGUCAUCGCACCAGGUCGGCGCUGACAGAUUUUACCGGACAUUAUACGAAUCGCUACUUGAUCCCCGGGUUGCCACGUCAUCCAAGCAAGCACUUUACCUGAACCUUCUGUUCAAGGCAUUGAAGAACGACGUAAAUGUUCGACGCGUCAAGGCGUUUGUCAAGCGUUUAGUUCAGAUCCUCGGCCUGCAUCAACCGUCGUUCAUCUGUGGCAUUUUCUAUCUGAUCCGUGAGUUGGAGAAGACUUACAUUGGUCUGCAGACGUUGCUUGAUCAGCCCGAGGAGAAUGAAAGCGAUGAGGAAGAAGUGUUCCGGGAUGUGCCUGACGAGGAUGAUGAACCACAGCAGCCAGAGGAACCCGAAGCUAAGCCGCAGAAGCCUCUGAAUAUUUAUGACCCGCGCAAGAGAGAUCCCGAGCACAGCAACGCCGAUAAGACUUGUCUCUGGGAACUGAUCCCUUACAUGACGCAUUUCCACCCAUCAGUAUCGGUCAAUGCGGCUCAUAUCCUCGACCACCAAACAAUGAGUGGCAAGCCCGAUCUAACCAUCCACACCCUCUCGCACUUCCUUGACCGCUUCAUCUACCGCACGCCCAAGGCAGAAAAGGGCGCACGGGGAGCUUCCAUCAUGCAGCCACUCGCAGGUGGAGAAACAGCCGAUCGGUUGGUUGGCGCUGGCAAAGCCGCAACCCACGUGCCGCUCAACUCGGAAGCCUUCUGGAAGAAGAAGGCGGACGAGAUUUCUGCGGAAGAUGUCUUCUUCCACGAGUACUUCAGCCGUGUCGGGAAGGAUAAGGAGAAGAACAAGGCGCGGGGUAAGAAGGAUGACAAGGAUCCUGUUUCCAAGGAUGAGGAGGAUGGGGAUCUCAGUGAAAAUGAGGAUCAGAUUUGGAAGGCACUUGUUGAUUCGCGGCCGGAGCUGGAGGAAGGCGAUAGCGACGAUGAUCUGGACAUGGAUGACCUCGAGUCUGCUUACGAUGCGGAAGAGAACGCGGACGAAGGCAGUGCUGACGAGGGUGUUAUCUUCAAUGACGAGUCCGACAAGUCUGAUGAAGAGGAGCCCAUCGACGAAGACAUGUCCGAGCCAGAGCCAACACCCAAGCCCAAGCCCAAGCCCAAGGACUCCAAGAAGAAGGACGAAGAGCCCUCGGACGAGGACGACGACUUCGACAUGGACGUCUCGGACGACGAUGCCUUUGUUGGAAGCGACGAGGAGCUGCCUAUGGACAUGGGUGCAUUCGAAGAGGAAGAAGAACAAGAGGAGGAGAAACCAGCCAAGGAGAAGGACUCGGAGCGCAAGAAGCGGCGCAAGCUCAAGCACCUGCCUACAUUUGCAUCUGCGGACGACUACGCGGCGCUACUGGAUGGGGAAGAGGAUGGGAUGUAA